AUGGAGUUUAAAAAAUCUUCGUCUUCUGUCAUAGUGACGGCAGUGAUUGCUGCCUUGUCUAUGGGUGCUGGAUUAAUAAUAGGAUAUUUAUUGCGACCAGCUAUGCAUAAACCUGUGAACAGUGGACACAUCAUUGUAGAUUCACAUAACAGAACAUAUGAACAUCUAAUACAGAAUUGUAGUCAAGCUGCUAAAGGAGAAGCUUAUGUUCAGAAAUAUUUACAAGCUCACGAUAUCCAGGCUUGUCGUGCUUAUACUUGUCAUAUACCAUUACCUAAAACAUAUCAAGUAUACCAUCUAGAGACUGAAGUCAUUACUAUCGAUGGUAAACUAGAUGACAAGGGUUGGAAGGAUGUACCUUGGAGUGAUCCAUUCAUAGACAUUAAAGGAGCAGAUUUCCCAAAGCCUAAAUUUGAAACAAGAAUUAAAGUGAGAUGGGAUGAUACUCAUUUUUAUUUUGCUGCUUACAUGGAAGAAACUGAUGUUUGGGCGAAUAAAUCUUUACACGAUACCACAGUGUAUCAGGAUAAUGCUAUACAAGUUCUAUUAGAUACAAGACAGAGCAAUCACAAAUAUAAAGAAUUAACUAUUAAUGCUAUAGGAACCAUGUCAGACAUGAUGUUAACUAGGCCCUAUAUGAAUGAUGGGGAACCGUUAAGUUUCUGGGAGAGUGAUGUAAAUAGAGCAGUAUUUGUAGAUGGACCAAUAAACAACCCAAAUAAAGACAAUAAAUUUUGGACCGUUGAAAUGUCGAUACCAUUUGCUACAUUAUAUGCUGGUUUAUAUAGACAACAUGAUUAUCCCUCGGAUGGUGAAACAUGGAGAGCCAACUUUGUAAGACCAGAAUAUGAAACGGAAGUCGUUGAUGGAAAAUACCAAAAGAAACUAGGUGUUGAAGCCAGUUGGUGGGUAUGGAGUUCUCCUGGUGUAUCUAAUAUUCAUCUUCCAGAUAGAUGGGGUUUACUGCAGUUUACAAAAGCAGUGGUAAAUACAUCAACAUUUGAAUUUGGUAAAGAAUGGAUUGUAACUAAUGCAUUACUGGAUACCUUCAGAGCUGAGAAAGCAUAUAAAGCAGUGAAUGGAAGGUAUACAGAUGACGUCACUUUAUUAGAUAUACCACCCUAUGUUUUAUCAGGUAAAUGUAUUAAGAAGGUCGAAGUUAAGAUUGAUUGGGGAGGUUUUACUGUAACAGUUUACCCUAAUGAUAAUAAACUAAAAGAAGGACAUAUUAGAACUGAUAGGUAUAUUUGGUAUGGUGAUGAAAAGGAAGAAUUCUUUUAG